AUCCCGAAUUUCACAUACCGCGUCCCGUGGAUCUUUUGAUCGGCUCUGGUGCUACUUUAUCGUUGCUCUCAAUAGGACAAAUUAAAGUAGCUGGUGAUGGCGAUCUUUUUCUACAAAAAACCCAACUCGGAUGGGUAAUAGUAGGUGGUGUGACGGAUAACACCGAGAAACCAGUAGUUUUAUGUAAUUUGUCCGAAUUAAAAGAACAAAUUGCCAAAUUUUGGUUAAUCGAAAACGCUGACACGGAAAUAUCGAAAUCUUCGGAGGAAGCAUUAUGUGAGACACAUUACCGCGAGAACACAACGCGCGAUGCGUCCGGGCGAUAUAUCAGAAAAUUGAAUUCAAAUUUAACACUUAAGGCUGAAUACUCCAAGGUGAUGCAAGAGUAUAUUGCUCUUGGUCACAUGUCUUUGGUUGAUGAGGAAUCGGUAACUGGUUAUUACAUGCCUCAUCACGCUGUAAUUAAGACAACGAGCGCGACUACGAAGGAAGUUUUGAGAAUACGCGACGAAGUCAUCGAAGUCCUGAGGCGAGGUGGAUUUAAUAUCCGUCAAUGGGCCUCUAAUCACAAUCACGCUCUCGAUAACAUAAACGAAAAGAUUAUUGGUUUAGAUCAUAUGGUCGAUAAGAACGUUGUAGUAAAGACUUUAGGGAUCGGAUG